GCUGCCGCGUAGCCUAGGGCGUUGCGCGGUGUCUAGGCGGGCGCAUCGCCUAGGCGGCGCUCAGCCGCGCCUCCGCGGCGAUUUUGCGGCGCGCAGGCGCCGAAGGCGGCCGCGUAGGCGGGCAGCCCGGCUGCGCUGCCGAUUUUUUCGGCUGCCAGCGGAAGCGCGCGCUACACCCACGUCGGGCGCGGGAAGAAUACCUUCGCGUCGGGCCGUCCUGCUCCUGCUAAUUCCGCUCGCGCUCCCGCUCGUCCUCCUCCGCGGCUCCACCUGCGACGCGCGCCGGAGGAAGUUCAGCCGCCGGCCUCCCUCCUCCCCGCCGGCCCUGCUUCCUGCCAGUGCCGGACCUGCUGUCGACGGCGCACCCCUCCCCGCCGGCCACCCCACUCCCCAAGGAUGUCAUCAGAAACUGCAGCUGCACCUUUUGAAACUGAAGCAGCUAGAGCGAAUCUCCUAAAAAGAAAUUCAGAUGAUGUUGGAUGGGAAUAUGGUGUUCUUGUUGAUGCUAACAACAAAGACAAGGUGAAGUGUAAGUUCUGUGACAAGGAGAUGAGGGGAGGGAUUUAUAGGUUGAAGGAGCAUCUUGCCCAUGUUGGAAAGAAUGUGAAGAAAUGCACGUCUGCAACACCGCAGGCUCUAGAGGCUAAAGAGAAGUGCAAGAAAGCAAUAGAGGCUGCAAAAAGGAAGAGGGAGGAGAAGACUGUUCGUGAGCUAGAACUUAGAGAGGAAGUGAAUGUAUCUAGGGUUGGAGAGGAGUCAGAAGAAGUCACUUGUGUUGGAAGCUCAUAGCCUCACAAAUUAGGGCCAAUUGACAAAUGGACACGUGCUAUUGAUCCUACCAAGGCUGAUUCUUUCAAACAACAGCAGCUGAACAAGAAACUGUGGAAAGAAAGAGAGCAUGAGGUGCACAAGUUUAUUGCAAGAUGUGCCUAUAAUCGUGGAAUACCUUUCAAUGCAUGUGACAAUGACGAGUUCAAGCAAAUGUGUGAAGCAAUUGGACAAUUUCGACCAGGACUUACACCUCCAACUCAAGAUGCCUUUCGAGGUAGUUUGCUGGAAGAAGAAUAUGCAAGAACCAAGAGUUUGCUGCAGGAACGUGAAGCCGAGAAGAUGAAAAAUGGGUGCUCUAUUAUGACCGAUGCUUGGUCAGAUAGGAAGAGGAGAAGCAUAAUGAAUAUAUGCACUAAUUGUGCUGAUGGAACCUCCUUCAUCAGCUCAAAAGAGAUGUCAGAUGUGUCACACACAAGUGAAGUCAUUUUUGAAUUAGUGGACAAAGCAAUUGAAGACAUUGGUGAAGAAAAUGUGGUGCAAGUAGUCACUGACAAUGCCUCUAACAACAUGGGAGCAAAGAAGCUAUUGCUUGUGAAGAGACCACAAAUAUUUUGGACCUCUUGUGCAGCUCACACAAUCAACUUGAUGCUCCAAGGAAUUGGCAACUUGCCUCGGUUCAAGAAAGUGAUUGACCAAGCAAAGUCAUUUACCAUAUUUGUGUAUGGCCACACAAGAACAUUGGAGAGCUUGAGAUACUUCACAGAGGGGAAAGAGCUAGUGAGGCCAGGAGUGACUAGGUUUGCUUCAUACUUUCUCACUUUGAACAGUAUGCAAGAGAAGGACCAGUUAAGGAAGAUGGUGGUUCAUAGUAGGUGGGACUCAUUAAAGGAUGUGAAAUCAAAGAAAGGAAAAGAGGCCACAGCUACUAUAUUGAGUCCAGCCUUUUGUAAGGAUGUGAAGCUAAUGUUGGCUGUUUUUGAGCCAUUGGUCAAAGUCCUCCGUUUGGUUGAUGGGGAUGUGAAGCCAUCCAUGGGUUUCCUUUAUGGAGAGCUACUAAAGGCAAAGAGAGAGGUCAAAGAGGCCUUUGGCAAUGUUGAGUCUCGAUUCAAAGAUGUUAUGGCUGUUAUUGAGAAGAAGAUGAAUGGAAGACUUGAUUCUCCAUUGCAUUUGACAGCUUUUUUGCUGAAUCCACACUAUAGCUAUGCUAACCCAUCAAUCUUUGAUGAGCCCAAAAUGAAUGAAGCCUUCAUAUCUUGUGUUGAGCAAUUUUAUUAUCAUGAUGAGGACCAACAAGAACAGGCUGCCAACUUUGAAUUGAAAAAGUUUCAGAAUAGAGAAGGACCAUUUAGCAAGAAGCUUGCAAGAGCUUUUCAAAACUAUGAUUACAAUCCAGCAUCAUGGUGGCGGUUAUAUGGAACUGAAACACCAGCUUUACAGAAGAUGGCUACAAGGAUAUUAUCUUUGACAUCAAGCUCUUCUGGUUGUGAAAGAAAUUGGAGUGGGUUUGAAGGGAUACACACUAAGAAGAGAAAUAGGCUGACUACAACCCGCCUCAACAAGUUGGUCUAUAUUCAGUUCAACAACAGGCUGAUGAAUAAGAGAGAAAAGAUUAAAUCAAAGAAAAUCACUGAUAUUCUUUUGUCUAGUGAUACAACUGAAGCUCAAGGUUUUCUCCAAGAGGGUGGAGAUGAUUGUGCACAAGUUGUCUUUAGAGAUGAGGAAGAUGAGGAUGAGAUGGAAGGUACAGGGAUACCUUGGUCUGUUAUUGGAAUGGCAGUGGGAGCAGAAGAACAGCUUGAGCCUCGUAGAAGUGCAAGAGUGAGAGAGCUCUAUGAAGGAGAGGAGUUUGAGUCUGAAGAAGAAGUGUUUGAUGAAGAUGAGGAUGAUACUUGGGAUUGAUAUUGAUGAGGAUACCUUGGUCUAUGUGACUGUGGGGAUACCUUGGUCUAUGUCACAUUGUCACUAUGUGACUGUGUAUCUUCUUUUGUUUGUGCUGUUAGAGACCUAAGAACUAUUUGCUUGUGUUGUCAUGAACUUGUAUUGUUGUCCUAUACUCCUAUCCACUUGUUUGUGCUUUGAAAUUUGCUGUUACUAGCUACUGAUAUGGUCAAUUACUAGCUACUGAUAUGGUCAAUUGCUAGCUAGGAGGUGGCUGAAAUCAUUCAGAUAAGUGACAACUUACUGUUUUCUAUUUUUUGUAUCAACAGCUAGCUGUAUAUUGAAUAUUUAGUAUUUACCAGUUGUCAAAAUGUGUUGUAGGAGCUAGGAACAUGCAAGACUAAGCCACCAAGGAAUCAGGUAAGUGACCCUCUCUUUUUUUAUAUACUGUAACCUAUAGCUAUAGUCCAAUAUAUUCAAUAAUCAAUAUUUUUUUGCUAUAUAUACAUAAUAUAUAUUAUUUUUGCCUAUAUUGGCAAAACGCCUAGAAAACCACCUAGGACCGCCUAGGCACGAUUACUCCCGCCUAGGCGCUAGGCAGUGGGUCACCGCCUAGAAUUUGUUCUUAUCUAAUGCAAUUGAAAACUUAAGUGACGGUCCAUCAGUAGUAUUGAUGGGGAGUGUAAUAAGCCAAUACACUCUUCAAAUGAUAUUUUAGGUAAUUAUAUUGACAUGUUAAACUUUGAAGGAGUUGGAUCUAGCUGCGUUUCACUGGCUAGUGGAAAGUACUAAAGUUCUAUGUUCAUAGUUGGGAGUUGGGAUAUCUUCUCUAAUGCCGUUCUCUUUGGACACAUACAGGUAUAUUUUUCGACACAUAUGGGGAAUACUACGAGGACAUGAGAGAGUUCCACCAACACCUUCCUAAGCUGCUGAAGCCCGGAGGGAUCUACUCAUACUUCAACGGCCUCUGCGGUGACAACGCAUUCUUCCACGUGGUGUAUUGCCAGCUCGUCGCAAUGGAGCUGGCGAACCUGGGCUACUCGACGCAGUUCAUCCCUCUCCCCGUGAAGGAUUGCCUGCCCGAUGAAGUCUGGAAGGGCGUGCAGCAGAAGUACUGGCAGCUGGACACCUACCACCUCCCCGUUUGCCAGUCGGAAUCAGAGUCGGAGUGAAAUUCUGCGAAGGGAGUAACGGGGGUAUCUCCAAUUUGCGUCUGAAGUUUAUGAACUGUUUUUCUGGCUAGUUCAAGCAUGUUGUGUUGGUACAAAAUGAAAAUAGCACUCUUUCAGUUAAGGAGCUGAACUUUCUUUC